AUGCACACACACACACACACAAUACAUGUACCUUUGGCCUAUCCUGCACUUGUGAACAUCAGGGAUCCUGACUCGCUAUUCGAAAUCCUUUGUUUGACAAAUGACCACCUGAAUGGGGGUCUGGUUCUGCGCACACACGCCCAGCAGACCUUGACGGCCCGAAAGCUGGGAGCAAUCUCGUCCAGUGGCCGUCUGUUGCCGGAAACUACCGCCGCCGCUUCACAGCCACCGGGUCCCGAGGAGGUUUUCCGUUGCCUUUUAGUGAGCCGGCCCAGCCUUGUCAUAUUCUCACCGUUCAUCGGCGCCUAUCUGGUCCGUGGCAAAUCGGCAAGCCUUGAAUGCACCGGUGCUUCGGCAAUGGCUCAAGAGGCCUUCCAUCUUCGCAGACUUCCAAAUGCCACUUGUCAACUCUUGCUUGCCCAGCCGACAGGGAGUGUUGGCUGUUUUGUUGAUUUGAAUCGCCUCCCUAAUCUUUCUAGUGUUGGUUCGACUUUGUUUUCGCAAUUUGGUCGGAGUGUCACGGCUACCUUGUGGAACGUACCUAGUCCCGUGUCUUCUGCCGUAGUAUUCGUGAUUUCCAGCAUUGGUCCAUUGACUUGGUACAUUCCCAACGUUUCGCCGGCAUCGCCAAUGAGACGUGCCAUCAUCAGCAAAAGAGUUAUAACUUAUCAAAAGUGA